AUGAUGAAGUGGGCUGUCGUCCUGUGUGCCCUAGUGGUCCUCUCCGAGUGUAAUACCAAGUAAGUCCCAGUCCUGUUCUAUUCUUCUUUUUAAUUUUAUUUUCUGUCUGCAUAUUCUGUUUAUUGUUGUCAGCACCAUUUCACCAGGUCAAAUUCCUGGUACAUGUAAUUGGCGAAUAAAGGUGAUUGUGAUUGUGUGUUUUUAGGAUCUCUCUGAUCAAGGGGAAGACUGCCAGAGAGACCCUGAUGGAGAAGGGUAUAUGGGAGGAGACCAGGCUGAAGUUCCCCUACAACCCUAUGGCCAAGUUCUACCAGACCGGUGAUGAGGCUAUGACCAACGAUGCUGAUGUAAGGCAGAGACAGAACCAGUAUGGUGAUAUACUGUAUUAGCCUGGUGACUGAUCCCAGAUCUGUUUUUGCUGUAUAGUCAAUGACCAAGGGAGUUGUCUACAGUGCAUUCGGAACGGAAAGUAUUCAGACCCCUUGACUUUUUCCACAAUUUAUGACGUUACAGCCUAAUUCUAAAAUGUAUUAAAUAAAAAUUGUCCCCAUAAUGACAAAGCGAAAACAUUUUAUUUUAUUUUGCAAAUGUAUAUAUAUAUAUAUAUGUUUUUUUUUGUUUCGUUUUCUAAUCCUUUAUAUAGAUAAGUAUUCAGACCCUUUGCUAAGAGACUUGAAAUUGAGCUCAGGUGCAUCCUGUUUCCAUUGAUCAUCCUUGAGAUAUUUCUACAACAUGAUUGGAGUCCACCUGUGGUAAAUUAAAUUGAUUGGAAAGGUACACACCUGUCCAUAUAAUAUCCCACAGUUGACAGUGCAUGUCAGAGGAAAAACCAAGCCAUGAGUUCAAAGGAAUUAUCCGUAGAGCUCCGAGACAGGAUUGUGUCGAGGCACAGAUCUGGGUAACGGUACCAAAACAUUUCUGCAGCAUUGAAGGUCCCCAAGAACACAGUGGCCUCCAUCAUUCUUAAAUUGAAGAAGUUUGGAAACACCAACACUCUUCCUAGAGCUGGCCGCCAGGCCAAACUGAGCAAUUGGGGAGAAGGGCCUUGGUCAGGGAGGUGACCAAAAACCUGAUGGUCACUCUGACAGAGCCAAUCAGGCCUUUAGGGUAGAGUGUCCAGACGGAAGACACUCCUCAGCAAAAUGAACAUGACAGCCUGCUUGGAGUUUGCCAAAAGGCAUCUAAAGACUAUCAGACCAUGAGAAACAAGAUUCUCUGGUCUGAUGAAACCAAGGACUGGACUCUUUGGCCUGAAUGCCAAACGUCACGUCUGGAGGAAACCUGGCACCAUCCAAAUGCACUGUAUACAACACAAACAGACCUGGGACCAGGCUAGUCUAUAGACUAUAUGAUUAUUGUUUCAAAAAUGUCAUUACAUGUUGGAUAUUGUGACUGCAUAGUUUGAACCCAUUGACUCUACAGUUUGUGUUCAUGUCUUGCUUACAUUAAAUGCACACUGGCAUGAUCAAAUUAAUUAUGAGCUUAGAGUUGAGCAUAUAGCCAUGCUUCUUGACAAGAUACUAGCUACAUAGUUAGACAAAUGCCUGUUUCUUCAUAGUACUCUGAAAGUUCACUUGUGUGACCCUGACUUACAGUACAUCUCUGUUUCAACGUCUCUCUGCAGUUGUCCUACUAUGGUGUGAUCUCCAUUGGAACCCCUCCCCAGUCCUUCAACGUCAUCUUUGACACUGGCUCCUCCAACCUGUGGGUUCCCUCUGUCUACUGCUCCAGCCCAGCCUGCCGUGAGUAUAUUGUAGGGGUCUGGAGGAAUACUGUUGACGUUGGAGAAUAGCUAUAUUUCAAAUUGUUUCUGAGUAGUCUCUUGUGACAGAGUUGCAAAAAACUGUUUCAUAUUGAGUACCUAGCCAGAGAAUGGGGAGACUUGGUUGUGGGUUGAGGUUAGGGGCUGAGGGGAGCUCCUUGAGAUUUACAGCAUAAAGGGGUUCGCUCAACACAAUGAAACAAUAGAAUAGGAGGAAUGUAUUUUUGUAUUGUCCCAUUUAGAGCGUGGAUUGUGGAAAAUAGCUCAAUACAAACGAAGAAAUGAAUGUUCAGUUUUGCAAUGGCAUGGUGUGUACUUAAUGAAGAUGUUCAUGUUUUGAAUAGAGAACCAUGCCGAAUUCAACCCUGCACAGUCUAGCACCUUCUCAUGGACCAACAAGCCUGUUUCCAUUCAGUACGGAACUGGCAGCAUGACUGGACAGCUGGCAUACGACACUGUUUCAGUAUGUAAAGGUAGCUAGCUACACAUUAUUGUGAUACAUCUUUUUAUUGGACACUUUCAAAUACAACAUACUGUACAUACAUACAAUACAACCACGAAAUAAUAUUCCACUCAGCACCCGUCCUCCCCUAAACGGUCCCAUUUUAUAACAUCACAUGCUAUAAACAAUACCCAAGGCAUAUUAGUAACUGACUCCAGCAGAUAACACAAAGAAAUAUAAUUACUAUUUUGGGUACACUCAAUAUGGCCUCGGUCCACACAUCACCAAACAACUGACUUGAAUGGGAAAACCCAUUCUAGUAAUUCUAUUUUCUAUGGUGCCAGUGGACUGAUUGCCUGCUGUUCUGUGUUUCCAGGUGGGAGGUAUCUCUGUGACUCAGCAGAUCUUUGGUGCCAGUCAGACCGAGGCUCCCUUCAUGGCCAACAUGGUUGCCGACGGUAUCCUGGCCUGGCUUUCCCCAACCUGGCAGCCUCUGGGCCACACCCGUCUUUGACAACAUGAUGACCCAGGGCCUGGGUGUCCCAGAACCUCUUCUCUGUCUACCUGAGCGGGUAACAUAGUAACUGUACAAAUACACCUGGAUGGGAGGUGGCAUUUCUCUUAGUUGUGAUAUUAAUAAAUAAGAAUGUAACCAGUGAAUUGAUAUUAAUACAAUGUAUACAACUGCUUUAAUUGUCUUUGAAGGAGAGGUACAUCCAUUUCAAAAUGCGUUGAUGAUUAAACAACCUUGUUGACCUUUCUCCUCCUCCAAUAGAAACUCAGCAGAGGGUAGUGUGGGUCAUUCGGUGACAUCGAGUCUAACUACUACACCGGGACAGAUCACCUGGAUCCCCCUGUCCUCCGAGACCUACUGGCAGAUAAACAUGGAACAGUAG